AACUCGGCGGCUCGCUGCCUGGGCAUGUCCUGACAAACUUGGCUUCUCUUCGACCCUCUCUCUAGCCAUCGCGCUCUCUCAUUUCGCCUCCUUUUGGUGCCCAAGUUUCACCCAGGACGGAAGCUUCUGGAGAUGCGGCCACCUGGGUCUGGGCAGCGCGGGCGCAUCGCACUCUGGUUGGGGACAUGCUGAAGAUCGGAGGGAGGCAAAGUUGGUACUUCAGACCCGGCUUUUAACACAUACCCAGCUCGCGAGGGAUUACGGAGCUGCCGAGGACUUUAAAGCGGAGCCCCGAGGACUCAGCUGGACCGGUUCCUGAGAGUUAAGCGAUGGGGAGACAUUUGGCCUUUCUUCUGCUUCUGCUCCUCCUCCUCCAACAUUUUGGAGACAGUGAUGCAAGCCAAACACUUGAGCAGACUCCCCUGCAGUUUACACAUUUCCAGUACAAUGUCACUGUGCACGAAAACUCUGCCGCUAAAACCUACGUCGGGCAUCCUGUAAAGAUGGGUAUUUACAUUACAAAUCCAGUGUGGGAAUUAAGGUACAAAAUUGUCUCAGGAGACAAUGAAAACCUAUUCAAAGCUGAAGAGUAUAUCCUUGGAGACUUCUGCUUUCUAAGAAUAAGGACCAAAGGAGGAAAUACAGCUAUUCUUAAUAGAGAAGUGAAAGACCAUUACACCUUGAUAGUCAAAGCAGUUGAAAAAAAUACUAACGCUGAAGCACGAACAGUGGUCAGGGUGCAGGUGCUGGAUACAAACGACUUGAGACCAUUGUUCUCACCCACCUCAUACAGUGUUUCUUUACCUGAAAACACAGCCAUAAGGACCAGUAUUGCAAGAGUCAGUGCCACAGAUGCAGACAUAGGAACCAAUGGAGAGUUUUACUACAGUUUUAAAGAUCGAACAGACAUGUUUGCUAUUCACCCAACCAGUGGGGCAGUAGUUUUAACGGGUAGACUUGAUUACGCAGAGACCAUGCUCUAUGAGAUGGAAAUUCUUGCUGUGGACCGGGGAAUGAAACUGUACGGUAGCAGUGGUAUCAGCAGCAUGGCCAAGCUGACCGUUCAUGUAGAACAAGCCAACGAAUGUGCUCCCGUGAUAACAGCAGUGACGUUAUCGCCGUCAGAACUGGACAAGGACCCAACGUACGCGAUCGUCACAGUGGAUGACUGUGAUCAGGGUGCCAAUGGGGACAUAGCUUCUUUAAGCAUUGUGGCAGGUGACCUCCUUCAACAAUUUAGAACAGUGAGGUCCUCUCCGGGGAGUAAAGAAUAUAAAAUCAAAGCAGUUGGUGGCAUUGAUUGGGACAGUCAUCCUUUUGGCUACAAUCUGACGCUCCAGGCUAAAGAUAAGGGAACUCCUCCCCAGUUCUCUUCUGUAAAAGUAAUUCAUGUGACUUCCCCACAGUUCAAAGCUGGGCCAGUCAGGUUUGAAAAGGACGUGUACAGAGCAGAAAUAAGCGAAUUUGCUCCUUCCAACACACCUGUGGUCAUGGUGAAAGCUACGCCUCGUUAUUCUCACCUGAGGUAUGUUUUCAAAAGUACACCUGGAAAAGCUAAAUUCAGUUUGAAUCACAACACUGGUCUCAUUUCCAUUUUAGAACCAAUUAAGAGACAGCAGGCAGCCCAUUUUGAACUUGAAGUCACAACAAGCGACAGAAAAGCCUCUACUAGAGUCUUGGUUAAAGUCGUGAGUGCUAACACCAAUCCCCCUGAAUUUACCCAGACGGCGUACAAAGCAUCUUUUGAUGAGAAUGUGCCCGUUGGUACUACUGUCAUGAGCGUGAGUGCUGUGGACCCUGACGAGGGUGAGAAUGGCUACGUGACCUAUAGUAUUGCAAAUCUAAACCAUGUGCCGUUCGUGAUCAACCAUUUCACUGGUGCAGUGAGUACUUCAGAAAACUUAGACUAUGAGCUCAUGCCCCGGGUUUAUACUCUGAGGAUUCGAGCGUCAGACUGGGGCUUGCCAUACCGCCGGGAAGUUGAAGUGCUCGCCACACUUACUCUCAAUAACUUGAAUGACAACACACCCUUAUUUGAGAAAAUCAAUUGUGAAGGGACCAUUCCCAGGGAUCUUGGUGUGGGAGAGCAAAUAACUACUGUGUCUGCGAUCGAUGCUGACGAACUUCAGUUGGUCCGCUAUCAGAUUGAAGCUGGCAAUGAACUAGAUUUGUUUAGCUUACACCCCAACUCUGGGGUAUUGUCAUUAAAGCAGCCGCUAAUGGAUGGCUUAGGUGCAAAGGUGUCAUUUCACAGUCUGAGAAUUACAGCUACCGAUGGAGAAAAUUUUGCCACACCAUUAUACAUCAACAUAACCGUGGCUGCCAGUCGCAAGCCGGUAAACUUGCAGUGCGAAGAGACUGGCGUUGCCAAAAUGCUGGCCGAGAAACUCCUGCAGGCAAAUAAAUUACAUAGUCAGGGAGAGGUCGAGGAUAUUUUCUUUGAUUCUCAUUCUGUCAAUGCUCAUGCCCCACAAUUUAGAAAUACUCUUCCCACUGGGAUCGAGGUAAAGGAAAACCAUCCUGUGGGUUCCAACAUAAUUUCCAUGAAUGCUACUGACCUUGACACUGGUUUCAAUGGAAAACUGGUCUAUGCACUUUCUGGAGGAAAUGAGGAUAGUUGCUUCAUUAUUGACAUGGAAACUGGAAUGUUAAAAAUCUUAUCUCCACUUGACCGUGAAACAACGGACAAAUAUACCCUGAAUAUUUCAGUCUCGGACCUUGGCAUACCACAGAAGGCCGCUUGGCAUCUUCUAGAUAUCAGAGUUUUGGAUGCCAAUGAUAAUCCACCUGAGUUUUUACAGGAGCGCUAUUUUGUUGAAGUGAGUGAAGACAAAGAGAUCAAUAGUGAAAUCAUCCAGGUCGAAGCCACAGAUAAAGAUCUAGGGCCAAACGGACGUGUGACAUACUCCAUUCUUACAGACACAGAUAAGUUUUCAAUUGACAGCAUGACCGGUGUUGUUAAAAUUGUGGAUCCUCUGGAUCGUGAGCUACAGCAUGUGCAUUACUUAAAGAUUGAAGCCAGGGAUCAGGCCAGCGAAGAACCUCAGUUGCUUUCCACUGUACUUCUGAAAGUAUCAUUAGAGGAUGUUAAUGACAACCCACCCAAGUUCAUUCCACCUAAUUAUCGUGUGAAAGUUCGGGAGGACCUUCCAGAAGGAACCAUAAUCAUGUGGUUAGAGGCCUAUGAUCCUGAUUUAGGUCAGUCUAGUCAAGUGAGAUAUAGUCUUCUGGACCACGGAGAAGGAAACUUUGAUGUGGAUAAGCUCAGCGGAGCGGUUAGAAUUGUGCAGCAGUUGGACUUUGAGAAGAAGCAAGUAUAUAAUCUCACCGUGAGGGCCAAGGACAAGGGGAAGCGGAUUUCUCUGUCUUCCACCUGUUAUGUUGAGGUUGAGGUCAUUGAUGUGAAUGAGAACUUACACCCGCCGGUGUUUUCCAGCUUUGUGGAAAAGGGUGUAGUGAAGGAAGACGUCCCUAUUGGUUCAUCAGUAAUGGCAGUAUCAGCUCAUGAUGAGGACACAGGAAGAGACGGGGAGAUCCGCUAUUCCAUUAGAGAUGGUUCUGGUGUUGGUGUUUUCAAAAUAGAUGAAGAAACAGGGGUCAUAGAGACUUCAGGUAGACUGGACCGGGAGUCUACCUCCCAUUACUGGCUAACAGUCUAUGCAACUGAUCAGGGUGUGGUACCGCUUUCAUCAUUUAUUGAGGUCUACAUCGAGGUUGAAGAUGUCAACGACAACGCACCCCAGACCUCAGAGCCUGUUUAUUAUCCAGAAGUAAUGGAAAAUUCUCCCAAGGAUGUGUCUGUGGUCCAAAUUCAGGCGUUUGACCCAGAUUCCAGCUCUAAUGACAAGCUGACGUACAAAAUUACAAGUGGAAAUCCACAAGGGUUCUUUGCAAUACAUCCUAAAACAGGUCUCAUCACAACCACAUCCCGGAAACUCGACCGAGAGCAGCAAGAUGAACACAUAUUAGAAGUAACUGUAACAGACAAUGGUAGUCCUCCCAAAUCAACCAUUGCAAGAGUAAUUGUGAAAAUCCUGGAUGAAAAUGACAACAAACCUCAGUUUCUGCAAAAGUUCUACAAAAUCAGACUCCCAGAGCGGGAAAAACCAGAACGAGAAAGAAACGCCAGGCGUGAGCCACUCUACCGUGUUAUCGCCACAGACAAAGAUGAAGGUCCCAAUGCAGAAAUCUCCUAUAGCAUCGAAGAUGGAAAUGAGCAUGGCAAAUUUUUUAUUGAGCCCAAAACUGGAGUGGUUUCCUCCAAGAAGUUUUCUGGAGCUGGAGAAUAUGAUAUUCUUUCGAUUAAAGCAGUUGAUAAUGGUCGCCCCCAAAAGUCAUCAACCACUCGACUCCAUAUUGAGUGGAUCUCCAAACCCACACCAUCCCUGGAGCCAAUUUCGUUUGAAGAAUCGUUUUUCACCUUUACUGUCAUGGAGAGCGAUCCAGUUGCUCACAUGAUUGGUGUCCUGUCUGUCGAGCCUCCUGGCAUACCUCUUUGGUUUGACAUCAUUGGUGGCAACUAUGAGAGUCACUUUGAUGUGGACAAGGGCACCGGAACCAUCAUUGUUGCCAAACCUCUUGAUGCAGAACAGAAAUCAAACUACAACCUCACAGUCGAGGCUACAGAUGGAACCACCACUAUUCUCACUCAGGUCUUCAUCAAAGUAAUAGACACAAAUGACCAUCGCCCUCAAUUUUCUACUUCAAAAUAUGAAGUUGUUAUUCCUGAAGACACAGUGCCAGAAACGGAAGUUUUACAAAUCAGUGCUCUGGAUAAGGAUGAGAAAAACAAACUGAUCUAUACUCUGCAGAGUAGUAUCGAUCCGUUGAGUCUCAAGAAAUUUCGUCUUGAUCCUGCGACUGGCUCGCUCUAUACUUCUGAAAAACUUGACCAUGAAGCCAUUCACCAGCACGUUCUUACAGUCAUGGUACGAGAUCAAGAUGUCCCUGUAAAGCGCAACUUUGCAAGGAUCGUUGUCAAUGUCAGUGACACGAACGAUCAUGCGCCGUGGUUCACGAGUUCCUCCUACGAAGGGCGGGUUUAUGAGUCAGCAGCUGUCGGCUCAGUCGUGUUGCAGGUUACAGCUCUGGACAAGGACAAAGGGAAAAAUGCUGAAGUAUUGUACUCCAUCGAAUCAGGAAAUAUUGGAAAUUCUUUUACAAUAGAUCCCAUCUUGGGCUCUAUAAAAACUGCCAAAGAAUUAGAUCGAAGUAACCAAGUGGAAUAUGAUUUAAUGGUCAAAGCUACAGAUAAAGGCAGCCCACCAAUGAGUGAAAUAACUUCUGUGCAUAUCUUUGUCACCAUUGCUGACAAUGCCUCUCCGAAGUUUACAUCAAAAGAAUAUUCUGUUGAAAUUAGUGAAACUAUCAGCGUUGGCAGUUUUGUUGGAAUGGUUACAGCCCAUAGCCAAUCAUCAGUGAUAUAUGAAAUAAAAGAUGGAAAUAUAGCUGAUGCUUUUGAUAUUAAUCCACAUUCUGGAAGUAUCAUCACUCAGAAAGCCCUGGAUUUGGAAACUUUGCCCAUUUAUACACUGAUAAUACAAGGAACUAACAUGGCUGGUUUGUCCACUAAUACGACUGUUCUGGUGCAUCUACAGGAUGAAAAUGACAACUCGCCAGUUUUUAUGCAGGCAGAAUAUACAGGACUCAUUAGCGAAUCAGCUUCAAUUAACAGUGUGGUCCUAACAGCCGAGAAUGUCCCAUUAGUGAUUCGAGCGGUUGAUGCUGAUAAAGAAUCAAAUGCUUUGCUUGUUUAUCACAUUGUUGAACCAUCUAUACACAAAUAUUUUGCUAUUGAUUCCAGCACUGGUGCUAUUCAUACAGUGCUAAGUUUGGACUAUGAAGAAACCAGUACUUUUCACUUUACCGUUCAAGUGCAUGACAUGGGAACACCACGUUUAUUUGCUGAAUAUGCAGCUAAUGUGACUAUACAUGUAAUUGACAUUAAUGACUGCCCUCCUGUGUUCUCCAAGUCAUUAUAUGAAGCAUCUCUUUUGUUGCCAACUUACAAAGGAGUAAAAGUCAUCACCGUAAAUGCCACAGAUGCUGAUUCAAGCGCAUUCUCACAGUUAAUGUACUCCAUCACCGAAGGCAACAUCGGGGAGAAAUUUUCUGUGGAUUACAGGACUGGUACCAUAACUGUGCAAAACACAACUCAGUUAAGGAGCCGCUAUGAGUUAACCAUGCGAGCUUCUGACGGCAGAUUUGCAAGCUUUACCUCUGUGAAAAUUAACGUGAAAGAAAGCAAAGAAAGCCAACUAAAGUUUACCCAAGAUUUCUACUCUGCAGUAGUGAAGGAGAAUUCCACCGAAGCCAGAACAUUAGCUGUCAUUACUGCUAUUGGGAAUCCAAUCAAUGAGCCUUUGUUUUAUCAAAUCCUCAACCCAGAUCGCAGAUUUAAGAUAAGCCGCACCUCAGGAGUGGUGUCCACCACUGGUGUACCAUUUGAUCGGGAACAGCAGGAGGCGUUUGAUGUGGUGGUGGAAGUGACACAGGAACGGAAGCCUUCAGCAGUGGCCCAUGUCGUUGUGAAGGUCAUCAUAGAAGACCAGAAUGAUAACGCGCCGGUGUUCGUCAACCUUCCCUACUAUGCUGUUGUUAAGGUGGACACCGUGGUGGGCCAUGUUAUUCGCUAUGUCACUGCCGUGGACAGAGACAGCGGCAGGAACGGGGAAGUGCAUUAUUACCUUAAGGAACAUCACGAACACUUUCAAAUUGGAUCCUCAGGUGAAAUUUCACUCAAAAAGCAAUUUGAACCUGACACCUUAAACAAAGAAUAUCUCGUCACAGUGGUCGCCAAAGAUGGAGGAAACCCAGCUUUUUCAGCUGAAGUGAUCGUUCCAAUCACAGUUAUGAAUAAAGCCAUGCCUGUGUUUGAAAAGCCUUUCUAUAGUGCAGAGAUUCCAGAGAAUAUCCAGAUCCACAGUCCCGUGGUCCACGUACAAGCCAACAGUCCAGAAGGGUUGAAAGUGUUCUAUAGCAUCACAGAUGGGGAUCCUUUUAGCCAGUUUACUAUUAACUUCAACACUGGAGUGAUAAAUGUCAUAGCUCCUCUGGACUUUGAGUCCCACCCAGCAUAUAAACUGAGCAUACGAGCAACUGACUCCUUGACUGGGGCUCAUGCUGAAGUGUUUGUUGACAUAAUAGUAGAAGAUAUCAAUGAUAACCCUCCUGUGUUUGUUCAACAGUCUUAUGCUGCAACCCUCUCUGAGGCUUCUGUAAUUGGAACAUCUGUCGUUCAAGUUAAAGCAACAGAUUCUGAUUCAGAGCCAAAUAGAGGAAUUUCAUACCAUAUGUUUGGGAAUCAUAGCAAGAGUCAUGAUCAUUUUCAUAUAGAUAGCAGCACUGGUCUCAUUUCACUAGUCAGAACUUUGGAUUAUGAGCAGUUCCAGCAGCACAAGAUUUUUGUAAGGGCUGUUGAUAGUGGCAUGCCCCCACUGAGCAGUGAUGUGAUUGUCACAGUGGAUGUCACUGACCUCAAUGAUAAUCCACCGCUAUUUGACCAACAGAUUUAUGAAGCCAAAAUUAGCGAGCAUGCGACUCAUGGGCAUUUUGUGACCUGUGUAAAAGCCUAUGAUGCGGACAGUUCAGACAUAGACAAAUUGGAAUAUUCCAUUCUGUCUGGCAACGAUCAUAAGAAUUUUGUCAUUGACAGUGAAACGGGGAUUAUCACACUCUCAAACCUGCGCCGCCACACCUUGAAGCCAUUUUACAGUCUUAACAUUUCUGUUUCUGAUGGAGUUUUUAGAAGUUCAGCUCAGGUUCAUGUAACUGUAAUUGGAGGCAAUUUGCACAGUCCUGUUUUUCUUCAGAAUGAAUAUGAGGUGGAGCUAGCUGAAAAUGCUCCCGUACACACCCUGGUGAUUGAGGUUAAAGCAACUGAUGGGGAUUCUGGUAUUUACGGUGACAUUACUUACCAUAUUGUAAAUGACUUUGCCAAAGACAGAUUUUACACAAAUGAGAGAGGACAGAUAUUUACUUUGGAAAAACUUGAUCGAGAAACCCCAGCAGAGAAAGUAAUCUCAGUUCGCUUAAUGGCUAAGGAUGCUGGAGGAAAAGUUGCUUUCUGCACCAUUAAUGUCAUCCUUACAGAUGACAAUGAUAAUGCACCACAAUUUCGAGCAACCAAGUAUGAAGUGAACAUUGGAUCCAGUGCUCCCAAAGGGACAUCAGUCAUUAAAGUUCUUGCCAGUGAUGCUGAUGAGGGAUCCAAUGCUGAUGUCACCUACGCCAUUGAAGCAGAUUCUGAAAGUGUUAAAGAGAAUUUGGAAAUUAACAAACUGUCUGGCAUCAUUACUACAAAGGAAAGCUUAAUUGGCUUAGAAAAUGAGUUCUUCACUUUCUUUGUCAGAGCUGUGGAUAAUGGGUCUCCACCCAAAGAGUCUGUUGUUCCUGUCUAUGUUAAAAUACUUCCACCGGAAAUGCAGCUUCCAAAAUUUACAGAGCCAUUUUAUACCUAUACAGUUCCAGAAGACAUGCCUAUUGGAACGGAGAUAGAUCUCAUCCGAGCAGAACAUCGUGGCACUGUUCUUUACAGCCUAGUCAAAGGGAAUACUCCGGAAAGUAACAGGGAUGAGUUCUUUGUGAUCGACAGACAGAGUGGGAGACUGAAACUGGAGAAGAGUCUUGAUCAUGAGACCACCAAGUGGUAUCAGUUUUCCAUCCUUGCCAGGUGCACUCACGAUGACUCUGAGGUGGUGGCCUCUGUGGAUGUCAGUAUCCAAGUGAAAGAUGCAAAUGAUAACAGCCCUGUCGUGGAGUCUAAUCCAUAUGAGGCAUUUAUUGUUGAAAACCUGCCAGGGGGUAGUAGGGUCAUCCAGAUCAGGGCAUCCGAUCUGGAUUCAGGAACCAAUGGCCAAGUUAUGUAUAGUCUAGAUCAGUCACAAAGUGUGGAAGUCCUGGAAUCUUUUGCCAUUAACAUGGAAACAGGCUGGAUUACAACCCUAAAGGAGCUGGACCAUGAAAAGAGAGACAAUUACCAGAUUAAAGUGGUCGCAUCAGAUCAUGGGGAAAAGGUUCAGCUGUCCUCCACAGCCAUUGUGGAUGUCACUGUCACCGAUGUCAAUGAUAGUCCCCCACGGUUCACGGCAGAGAUUUAUAAAGGGACAGUGAGUGAAGAUGACCCACCAGGUGGGGUUAUUGCCAUCUUAAGUACCACGGAUGCUGAUUCUGAGGAGAUUAACAGACAAGUGACAUAUUACAUAACAGGAGGGGAUCCCUUGGGGCAGUUCGCUAUUGAAAAUAUACAGAGUGAAUGGAAGGUCUAUGUUAAGAAACCUCUAGACAGGGAAAAGAGGGACAAUUAUCUUCUGACUAUCACAGCAACUGAUGGGACCUUCUCAUCAAAAGCUAUAGUUGAAGUGAAAGUUCUUGAUGCAAAUGACAACAGUCCCAUUUGUGAGAAGACCUUAUAUUCAGACACGAUUCCAGAAGACGCCUUUCCUGGGAAAUUGAUCCUGCAGGUCUCUGCUACAGACGCAGACAUCCGUUCGAACGCUGAAAUUACAUACACGUUAUUUGGUCCAGGUGCAGAAAAAUUCAAACUAAAUCCAGACACAGGUGAGCUGAAAACAUUAGUCCCUCUUGAUCGCGAGGAGCAAGCAGUUUAUAAUCUUCUAGUCAAGGCCACAGAUGGCGGGGGAAGAUUCUGCCAAGCUCAUAUUGUGCUCACAUUAGAAGAUGUGAAUGAUAACGCCCCUGAAUUCUCUGCUGAUCCCUACACCAUUACCGUGUUUGAAAACACGGAGCCUGGGACGCUGUUGACAAGGGUGCAGGCCACUGACGCUGACGCAGGAUUGAAUCGGAAGAUAAGCUACUCUCUGAUUAACUCUGCUGAUGGGCAGUUCUCCAUUAAUGAAUUAUCUGGAAUCAUUCAGCUAGAAAAGCCUUUGGAUAGAGAGGUCCAGGCGGUCUACACCCUUACUUUGAAAGCGGUGGACCACGGUUUGCCAAGGAGGUUGACAGCCGUUGGCACUGUUGUUGUAUCAGUUCUGGAUAUAAAUGACAACCCACCCGUGUUUGAGUACCGUGAAUAUGGUGCCACAGUGUCCGAGGACAUUCUCAUUGGAACAGAAGUUCUUCAGGUGUAUGCGGCAAGCCGGGAUAUUGAAGCAAAUGCAGAAAUCACCUACUCAAUAAUAAGUGGAAAUGAACAUGGAAAAUUCAGCAUAGAUUCUAAAACAGGGGCCAUAUUUAUCAUUGAGAAUCUGGAUUAUGAAAGCUCUCAUGAAUAUUACCUGACUGUCGAAGCCACUGAUGGAGGCACACCUUCAUUAAGUGAUGUUGCCACCGUAAAUGUGAAUGUAACCGACAUCAACGAUAACACCCCAGUCUUCAGCCAAGACACCUACACGGCAGUGAUCAGUGAGGACGCUGUUCUUGAGCAGUCCGUCAUUACGGUUAUGGCUGACGAUGCCGAUGGACCUUCCAACAGCCACAUCCACUAUUCAAUUAUAGAUGGCAAUCAAGGAGGUCCCUUUACCAUUGACCCUGCUAGGGGAGAAGUGAAGGUCACCAAACUUCUAGACCGGGAAACCAUUUCAGGUUACACGCUCACAGUUCAGGCAUCUGAUAAUGGCAGUCCACCCAGAGUCAACACAACGACUGUGAACAUCGAUGUGUCUGAUGUCAACGACAAUGCACCAGUCUUCUCCAAGGGAAACUACAGCAUAAUUAUCCAGGAAAAUAAGCCUGUGGGUUUCAGUGUACUCCAGCUGGUAGUCACAGACAAGGAUUCUUCUCAUAAUGGUCCACCCUUCUUCUUUACCAUUGUCAGUGGAAAUGAGGAUGGCGCAUUUGACGUUAACCAGCAAGGAGUCCUCCUGACUUCAACUGCCAUAAGGAGGAACGUGAAAGAUCAUUACUUACUGCAUGUUAAGGUGGCAGAUAAUGGGAAGCCUCAGUUGUCCUCUUUGACAUAUAUUGACAUUAGGGUGAUUGAAGAGAGCAUCUAUCCUCCUGCAAUUUUGCCACUGGAGAUUUUCAUCACUGCUUUUGGCGAGGAGUACUCUGGAGGCGUCAUUGGGAAGAUUCAUGCAACAGACCAAGAUGUGUAUGACACAUUAACCUACAGUCUUGAUCCCCAAAUGGACAACCUCUUCUCUGUUUCCAGCACAGGGGGUAAGCUGAUAGCUCACAAAAAACUAGAUAUAGGGCAGUACCUUCUCAAUGUCAGUGUAACAGAUGGGAAAUUUACAACAACGGCUGACGUCACGGUGCACAUCAGACAAGUAACGCAAGAGAUGUUGAACCACACCGUCGCCCUCCGCUUUGCCAACCUCACUCCAGAAGAAUUUGUUGGUGACUACUGGCGCAACUUCCAGCGAGCUUUACGGAACAUCUUGGGUGUGAGGAAGAACGACAUCCAGAUUAUUAGUUUGCAGCCCUCUGAACCUCACCCACAUCUGGAUGUCUUACUUUUUGUAGAGAAGUCAGGUAGCGCCCAGGGUUCCACAAAGCAGCUUCUGCACAAGAUUAAUUCUUCCGUGACUGAUAUCGAGGAAAUCAUUGGUGUUAGGAUACUGGAUGUAUUUCAGAAGCUCUGUGCAGGGCUGGAUUGCCCGUGGAAGUUCUGUGAUGAAAAGUUGUCUGUGGAUGAAAAUGUCAUGUCAACGCAUAGCACGGCCAGACUGAGCUUUGUGACCCCCCGCCACCGUAGAACAGCCGUGUGUCUCUGCAAAGAGGGAAGAUGCCCAUUUGUCCAUCAUGAAUGUGAAGACACUCCAUGCCCUGAGGGCUCUGAAUGUGUCACUGAUCCCAGAGAGGAGAAAUAUACCUGUGUCUGCCCAGGUGGCAAGUUUGGCCAGUGCCCAGGGAGUUCAUCUGUAACAUUUACUGGAAACAGCUUUGUGAAAUAUCGUCUCAUGGAAAAUGAAAACAAAUUAGAGAUGAAACUGACCAUGAGACUCAGAACCUACUCUGCUCAUGCAGUUGUGAUGUAUGCUCGAGGAACUGACUACAGCAUCUUGGAGAUUCAUAAUGGAAGACUCCAGUACAAGUUUGACUGUGGAAGUGGCCCCGGAAUUGUCUCUGUUCAAAGCAUUCAAGUCAAUGACGGGCUCUGGCAUGCAGUGUCUCUGGAAGUGAAUGGAAACUAUGCCAGAUUGGUUCUAGACCAGGUCCACACUGCAUCAGGCACAGCCCCGGGGACUCUGAAGACCCUGAACCUGGAUAACCACGUGUUUUUUGGUGGCCACGUUCGUCAGCAAGGCACAAGGCAUGGAAGAAGCCCACAAGUUGGCAAUGGUUUCAGGGGUUGUAUGGACUCCAUUUAUUUAAAUGGACAGGAGCUCCCUUUGAAUAACAAACCAAGAAGCUAUGCACACAUUGAAGAAUCGGUGGAUGUGUCCCCUGGGUGCCUGUUAAUGGCUACAGAAGACUGCUCAAGCAACCCUUGCCAGAACGGAGGCGUUUGUAGUCCGUCACCUACUGGAGGUUAUUACUGCAAGUGCAGCGCCCUGUACAUAGGGACGUAUUGUGAGGUGAGCGUCAAUCCCUGUUCCUCCAACCCGUGCCUCUAUGGUGGCACGUGCAUCGUGGACAAUGGGGACUUUGUGUGCCAGUGUCGAGGAUUGUAUACCGGUCACAGGUGCCAGCUUAGUCCCUACUGCAAAGAUGAACCGUGUAAAAAUGGUGGGACGUGCUUUGACAGCUUGGACGGUGCCGUCUGUCAGUGUGAUGCCGGGUUUAGGGGAGACAGGUGUCAGAGUGACAUUGACGAGUGUGCUGGAAACCCCUGCCGGAACGGGGCCCUUUGUGAGAAUACACAUGGCUCCUACCACUGUAACUGCAGCCUCGAGUACAGAGGAAAACACUGUGAGGAUGCCACGCCCAAUCAAUAUGUGUCGACCCCGUGGAAUAUCGGGUUGGCGGAAGGCAUAGGAAUUAUUGUUUUUAUAACAGGGAUAUUUUUACUGGUGGUGGUGUUCGUCCUCUGCCGCAAGAUGAUCAGUCGAAAGAAGAAACACCAGGCAGAACCAGAAGACAAACAUUUGGGACCAACUGCCGCUUUCUUGCAAAGACCAUAUUUUGAUUCAAAGCUCAAUAAGAACAUUUACUCAGACAUACCACCCCAGGUGCCUGUCCGGCCUAUUUCCUACACUCCCAGCAUCCCGAGCGACUCUCGAAACAAUCUUGACCGAAAUUCCUUUGAAGGGUCUGCUAUACCAGAGCAUCCCGAAUUCAGCACCUUUAACCCCGAGUCCGUGCACGGCCACCGCAAGGCAGUGGCUGUCUGCAGUGUGGCCCCGAACUUGCCUCCCCCGCCUCCCUCCAACUCUCCUUCCGACAGCGACUCCAUCCAGAAGCCUAACUGGGACUUCGACUAUGACACGAAAGUAGUCGACCUUGAUCCCUGCCUCUCCAAGAAACCCCUAGAAGAGAAGCCUUCCCACCCGUACAGUGCCCGGGAAAGCCUGUCGGAAGUGCAGUCGCUCAGCUCCUUUCAGUCCGAAUCGUGCGAUGACAAUGAGUCUUUGGCUGCUCCUGACCUCAGCAAAUCCAGAGGGUACCACUGGGAUACAUCGGACUGGAUGCCAAGUGUUCCUCUGCCGGAUAUACAGGAAUUCCCCAAUUACGAGGUGAUUGACGAACAGACACCACUGUACUCAGCAGAUCCAAAUGCCAUCGAUACAGACUAUUACCCUGGAGGCUACGACAUCGAAAGCGAUUUCCCACCACCCCCAGAAGACUUCCCCGCCCCUGACGAACUCCCACCCUUACCUCCGGAAUUCAGUGAUCAGUUCGAAUCCAUACACCCUCCCAGAGACAUGCCUGCUGCAGGUAGUUUGGGUUCUUCCUCGAGAAACCGGCAGAGGUUCCACUUGAAUCAGUACCUGCCCAACUUCUAUCCCGGCGACAUGUCUGAACCUCACAAAGCAGGCGCCGGCGAGACUGGUCCUUGUAGAGAACCCUAUGCCCCUUACCCUCCAGGGUAUCAAAGAAACUUUGACGCCCCCACUGUAGAAAACAUGCCCAUGUCUGUGUACGCCUCCACAGCUUCCUGCUCUGAUGUGUCAGCCUGCUGUGAAGUGGAGUCUGAGGUCAUGAUGAGUGACUAUGAAAGUGGAGACGAUGGCCACUUUGAAGAGGUGACAAUUCCUCCGCUAGAUUCGCAACAACACACGCAAGUCUGACGCUCAGACUCCCCCCAAAGUGCCUGGACUUUAAUGAACUUAGAGAUUCUAUAAAUGACCUUCUGCAUUGUUCUCUGCAGCCGAGCUUAAGCGCUUCUUUUCGGUGAGCUAAAAUGGGCAUGGCUGCACUGAAUCUCGCGCUUUCUGACAUGUUAGCCAUUUCCAAUGUCCUAACCUACUGUACUUGGAUGAGACUGACGUUGGCUGUGCCAUUUCUGAACAUCUUUUUGUAUUGCCAUUUGUCUGUGUUAAAAUAAUGCAACGAAAAUCAGUCCUACCAUCUUGUUAUAUAGAUUUGAUUAUUUUCAUUUUCCUGUCUUUUUCCCUUUUUUUUUGUAAAUUUUAUGUACAGAUUUGAUUUUCAUAGCUUUAACUAGAUUUUCAAGAUAUUUCGUGCAUUUGUUCAUGACCGAAUUUUAGUGGUGUUGGUGUCACUAGCUAGCACCCUGAUUUUUUUUAAUAUAACCAGGGUUUCACUCUCUGUUCUUUUCCACUGAAGUAUGACAUUUCAUUAAUACAUUUCAAUAUAGUCAUUUGUUUGAGCUGUACAUAGGAUGCGGAACAAUCUGAUACAUGGACAUGUCUUAAAUGGGUUGCUGUAUUUUAGAAUUAUAAACAUUUUUCAUUAUUGGAAAGUGUAAUGGGGACCUUCUGCAUACCUGUUUAGAACCAAACACCACGACACAGUUUUUAUAGUGUCUGUAUAUUUGUGAUGCAAUGGUCUUGUAAAGGUUUUUACUGAAAACUACCAUUAGCCAGUCUUUCUUACUGACAAUAAAUUAUUAAUAAAAUA